CACCAGACCGGCCGCAAGCAAGCUUCGCCCACCAUGAGUAUUAUGGAGUAUAACGGCGGGUCCGUCGUGGCCAUGAAGGGCAAGAACUGUGUUGCCAUUGCCUCGGACCUCCGUCUGGGCCAGCAGGCCAUGACAGUGGCAUGCAACUUUGACAAGGUCUUUGCGGUCACUGAGCGCACCUAUCUGGGUCUUCCAGGUCUGGCGAGCGACGUGGCCACGCUCAAGGAGACAUUCCGGUACCGAGUCAAUAUGUACAAGAUGAAGGAGGAGCGAGAGAUCCAGCCAGAGACCUUUGCUCACCUCGUCAGCUCGACAUUGUACGAAAAGAGGUUUGGCCCAUACUUUAUCGAGCCCGUCAUCUGUGGCCUGUCCUCACCAGAUGCGCCUGUGCCAAACGAGCCUUUCAUCGCAGCCUCGGACCUCAUUGGGUGCCUCAACUUUGCAAAGGACUUUGUUGUCUCGGGAACCGCUAGCGACAAGCUCUUUGGUAUGGCCGAGGGGCUCUGGGAGGAAGAUUUGGGACCUGAGGAGCUGUUCGAGACUAUCAGCCAAACACUGCUGGGCGCCUUGGAACGCGACGCCUUGAGUGGGUGGGGAGCGAUUGUCCGAGUCAUUACACCAGAGAAGGUGACGGAGCGCUGGCUCAAAUCACGGCAAGAUUAAGCUGUAGAAACACAAGAACAGAACGAAAUGCAAUUGAACAUGGCAUCAGAGUCACUACGCUCCUGACAAGCCCUCUCCUCUCCCAAAAGAGGCGUGAGGUAAAAGAAAGAACUACCAAUCCGAAACCUUUUUGGCGGCCGUGGUGGCCUUUGCGACGAGGGGUUCGAGCUUCUUGGAAUCCCCUGAAGCCUUGGAGGCGCCGACGGUGUA